AUGCCGUGGCAUUCCAACACCACCCGGGCGCUACAAAUGGACUCGGAGCCGGAGCCCAUCGGCUGCGCCGGCGUGGGCUGCCCCUCCGCCGUCGGCACCUGGCCGCUCCACCACGUCCGCCGCAGCGACGGCGCGCUCUGCCGCCUCUGCUCCUCGUGCCUCCUGCUGGAGUACCGCCCCCUCUACUGCUGCUGCUGCUUCCUCCUCCUCGGCCCCGAGCCGCCCGCGCACUUCGACGACGGCGACCCCAUCCUCGCGCCACCGGUCCCCGUGGCCACGUGCCACAACUGCAACGAGGCCGUCGCCCACCGCUACUGCCUGCAGUCAGACGACGACACCUUCGUCUGCCCCGCCUGCGUCGCCGCCACGGAGGGGCGGCCCUUCUCGUUCUCGCCGGCCGCCGCCGCCGACGCCCCGCUCGACAUGCGCGCGGCGCGGAUCAUUCUCUUGGCCGCGCGGAUUUCGCUCGCCGUCCUGAAGAAGGCGGCCGCCACGGCGCGCGCGACCGCGGAACGCCUGUACGCGGAGGCCAAGGUCGAGAAGGAACGAGCGUACCGCGCCCUGGCCAUCGCCUUCAGCGUCGACACGGAGCUACCGUCCACCAACCGUCACGUCGAGCCGCCGCCGCCGCCGAUGCUGGAGCCACCCGAGGACGUGGCGUCGGAGAGCAGCGCGGCGAACAUGGGCAUGGUCAUGGACCCGCCCGAGAACCUGACGCCGCCGGCGAGCGACUUGGCGAACAUAAACAUGGCGCCGUCCGAGAACCUGCCGUCGGAAGGCAGCCUGGUGAACAUGGCCAUGGGCCUGGACCUCAACGCUCCGCCGCCGCCGCCGCCGUCCCCUGAUGCACACACCACCAACAACAUUGGCAUGGGCAGCAUCACAGCGAUGGCAAUGGCUGCCGCGGAGGCCGCCAGGCUCAGCAACCCGCCGCCGCGGACGCUGAAGUUGUUUCGCGACGACAAGAACUCAGCUGACGACGACGACGGCGACAUGUAAGCAGUAAGAUCGCCGUCAACCUGAAAUGGUGGUGAUGUUGUGAGUUUGUUUGCUUCGAAUGUAUACCUUUAUCGUUUCCAAAUUUACUUAGGCCAAAAUGAUCAGCAAUCCUGUUAUGAUCAGUUCUUGGCGACUUGUUGAUGGAUUUCUCUGGCUUGUUUGAUAGCAUUUCAGAUGAUCAUGAUACCUAAUAGAUUCACCCAGAAGACUGUACAGUGUAGACUGCUCGGUUUGCACCUCUGUGCAUGCCAUUUUGCGUUGUAUGGUGAUGUUACCAUAGUACCAUUUACCAGUGAACAAAUGUAUUGAUAUGCUGGUUGUGAAACAUGUAUGAACCGUGAAUGUUGGAGCGUCUGGGAACUCU